AAAGUGAAAAACGAUUUGCGAAAUUGGAACAGAAGCAGACCCAGGUUAUCACUAAUAAACAGGAAGUAUCCCCCGCAAAAGAUAUUUUACCACUUAUCGAAGAUCAGUCCGGUAAAGAUAAUG